AAAGUCUGCAGUUUCCGAGAAGAUGCCUUCUGCAUCCUGUGAUACACUGCUGGAUGACAUAGAAGAUAUCGUGUCACAGGAAGAUUCAAAGCCACAAGAGAGGCAUUUUGCAAGAAAGCAUGUUGUUCCAAAGGUACGAAGGCGAAAUACCCAAAACUAUUUGCAAGAGGAGAACAGACCCCCGAGUGAUAGCACAAUUCCAGGCAUACAGAAAAUUUGGAUACGAACAUGGGGUUGUUCUCAUAAUAAUUCAGAUGGAGAAUAUAUGGCUGGACAGCUAGCUGCUUAUGGCUAUAAAAUUACAGAAAAUGCAUCAGAUGCAGAUUUGUGCCUCCUGAACAGUUGCACUGUAAAAAACCCAGCUGAAGACCACUUUAGAAACUCAAUUAAAAAAGCUCAAGAGGAGAACAAGAAAGUUGUGCUGGCUGGAUGCGUUCCUCAAGCCCAGCCUUGGCAGGACUACCUCAGAGGACUGAGUAUCAUCGGGGUUCAACAGAUAGAUUGUGUGGUAGAAGUUGUGGAGGAAACAAUUAAAGGUCACUCUGUGAGACUGCUGGGUCAGAAAAAGGAUAAUGGAAAGCGGUUGGGGGGAGCACCAUUGGAUUUGCCAAAGAUUAGGAAGAAUCCACUGAUAGAAAUCAUUUCCAUCAAUACUGGGAAGCAAAGACUUCUUGGACAGAGAAGAAGAUGGGUUUGGCUCUGUGUGUUUGAGAAGAGCUGA